UACGGUAGCAAGUUCGCGUCAGACGUAAAAAAAACAAAGCAGAACAAAAACAAAAGUGAAAUGGUCAGCGUUCGAGAACAUCUCGUAUUCCCACGGUCAGGAAUAAAUGCUCCAAGUUUUGGGUGCAUUUUGUCUUAUGGGCUCAAGUUCAUGGAUAACAUAUGCAAAGAUGACAGAUGGUUCUCUGAUAGUGUUGUUGUUUCUGUUGUGGGGACCGACCGCUCGCUCCUGUCUCCAAUUUGAAUAUGUGUUGAGGACGGACCAAGGAGAAGAGUGUUGUCCCAAGUGUGUCCCAGGACACAGAGUCAAAACACAUUGCACUGCGUAUCAAAGCACGUCCUGUAUUGCCUGUGACGGUGGAACCUACAUAGACAAAUAUAAUGGAGAGAAACAGUGUUUCCAGUGUCUCAACUGUGCUGAAGGAACUGGACUCAGACAGAUCAGCUCCUGUAUAAACACACGAAACACUGUGUGUGAACCUCAGGAGGGUUUCUUCUGUGUGAGCGGCUCAGUGGACAGAUGUGUGGCAGCACAGCAACACUCCACAUGUGCACCAGGACAAUACAUCAGCACAGCAGGAACGUCCUCCACAGACACUGUGUGUGGAGACUGCAGGGAAGGAACAUUCUCCAAUGGAACCUUCACGUCCUGUCAGGUUCACACACAAUGCUCCAGGCUUCAACAACCAGGAACCAUCUAUGCUGACUCUGUGUGUCUAGAAGGUUUGACCGCAGCAGAGCUGGCUGCGAUUGUUAUCGGGAUUCUACUCCUACUGAUUCUCUUAUGUGUAUUGCUGAUCCUGAUAAGGAAACACAGACGUCAGAAAGAGCUCCCAAGAGCAGCUCCAGGGGAUGAGGACAACACAUGUCCCUUACAAGAGGCCACCAAAACAUGUUCCACACUUGGACGCAGUCAUCACAGCUUUGACAGUUACAAUGAGGAUUGUGUUACUACGGAGCCCUGGAAGUGAUAUGCAUGUGUUUAUUUAUUUGGAUGUGACAGGCAUGACUUUAUUUUAAUUUUUUUAUUUAUUUCAAUUGCAUUAAAAUAAGUAAAGUAGACUAGUUCCACACUACAAUGAAGGCACAAGAUAUGGUACAGUGUGGCACUGUCAUGCUGCCAGAGACGCUUGGACCAAAGUUUGAGGACACAGCUCAUGUUGGCUGUUGAACCUGCUGAAGAAGCUUCAGGCUGAUGCACAGAGCAAGUCUGUGGCAUGAUCCAAAUGUCAUUGAGGACAUUCAAAUGUAAAUACUGCUAUAGCUAUAGCUGUCGAUUGCUGUCUUCUAGUGUCUCUGCUGAAAACCUAGUAAGUAAUUCUCUUUGUGCUUCAUUUACCACAAUGAAUGAGACCUAAGGACCAUUUGAGUGACGGUUUCUCCACUUUUACUUGUCCUUUUUCUGUUGUGCCGUGUCAAUAAACACAUAAGCAUACUUUCGCCUUGCUGUGUUCUGACUCCUAAUGGAGCCACUUUUCUCUGCUCUUGUGAGAUACUCAAGUUUCUCAUUCAGAUUGUAGAGAUGGGUAUGGAAGAGUUACUCCUGCUCCUUUUUUCAAUUUAUUCAUAUUAAAUUACAAACCACUGAACAUUCACUUGGAGACACUUUCACUG